AGCCAGAGCCAUACAUAGAUCAGAGUUUCCUAAAUUCCACUACGGAUUUAAUAGGACAGGAGAAGAGAUAACGAUACAGCAAUUGUGCUGCUAAUAUGAGCUUUAUGGCUAACACUUAAUCCACUUGAUGCUUAUGUUAUAUGAUCUUGUGCUGAGUUUAAAUUGGGGAGAGUUUUAGGAAGCCAGACGAGAGGCGACUGCUGCAGGACGGCGAAGUAACUCUUUCCAUUCACUGCUCUGGUUUAGCCCCCUCCCACGCUGGUAGUGGCUAGCUAACAGCAACAUUAGCGACCUGUGAAACCACUCCUAAGGGGCUCGCAGUGGAAGAGCGUAAUAAGUUACGUGGUAAUGUUGCGAAAUUGAUGUAGUAACAUUGGCUCACAUCCACUCACUUCUAUAUCUCCGAUUAGCCCCCAUCGUGACUGUUACCUUCACUGCUUUCUGCGAGGUUGACUGAGUAUUUUAUCAUCUAAGUGUCUCUGUAUCUGGCAGACCAGAGGAGGUACACGCUCAGUUUCUUCGUCAUGGGGAACACCUGCAGCAAUCAUCUUGGAAUCCCUCCAGCCAAAGGCCCCAAUGCUGUGGGAUGCACUGACUUCAUGAUGGACCACACUGCCCGGGGCAGCUUCUUCCGCCUUUACUAUCCUUGUCAACAAACUGAAAAAGCAGAAAAACCAGACUGGGUCCCGUGCAGGGAGUAUUUUAAUGGUCUUGCGGACUUCAUGAAAAUCAACAGGACUCUCAGUGAAAGGAUUUUCAACUACCUCUUUGGGUCCUUUAAGAUCCCAGCCUACCUGGAUGCUCCAUUUAAAUCAAAUGGAAAAUGUCCUGUAGUUAUCUUCUCCCACGGCCUUGGAGCCUUUAGGACUCUGUACUCAGCUAUAUGUGCAGAAUUGGCCUCUCAGGGCUUCAUUGUAGCAUCCGUGGAACACAGAGACCAGUCAGCCUCAGCUACAUAUUACUUUCGUGAGAAGGCUGAGUCAGAGAGGACGAAUGAAAAUGUGCGUAAAACAAAUGCCUCAGAGCCAAACAACCUGGUCAAAGAAUGGAUGUACUACAGAUCUCUGCAGCACGGGGAAAGCGAAUUCCCCCUCAGAAGUAAACAGGUGAAGCAGAGAGCAGAUGAAUGCAUUCUGGCUCUGGAUAAGCUCACUCAGAUCAACUCAGGGAUGCCGGUGCAGAAUGUUCUGCUCACGCAGUUUGACUGGACGACACUGGAGAACUCCAUGGAUCUGUGCAGGAUAGCAGCCAUGGGGCAUUCCUUUGGGGGAGCAACAGUGAUUGAAGCUCUGUGCAAAGAAGUUAAAUUCAAGUGUGGCAUAGCGCUGGAUGCUUGGAUGUUCCCUUUAGAUGACGAGAUCUUUCCUCGGGUGAAGCAGCCAAUCUUCUUCAUAAACUCGGAGAAGUUCCAGUGGGCGGGGAACAUCAGCCGCAUGAGGAAGCUGGACUCUGCUGUCAUACAGAGGAAAAUGAUCACUAUCAGAGGGACAGUCCACCAGAGUUUCCCAGACUUCACCUUCCUGACUGGAAACUGGAUCGGGAAGCUGAUGAAGCUAAAGGGAGAGAUCGACCCCGAACUCGCCAUAGACCUCUCCAACAAAGCAACACUAGCCUUUCUGCAGCGCCAUCUUGGUUUAGAGAAGAAUUUUGAUCAGUGGGACCCCUUGAUUGAUGGGCAAGAUGACAACCUCAUUGAAGGAACUAAUGUGACUGUGCUUCAGUCUGCCAUAUGAACUGCCUCAUACACUGCAGAAAAUAAUGGUGAUUGUCUGGCCGCCAGCUGAAUGAUUCCACCUGGCGGGUGGAGCUCAGUGGAAUAGACACAAAUUGCCAAGGCAGGCCUGCUGGGCUUGUCAAGAUAACAUUUUGCAGUGGUAAUGGACAGGAAAGAUAAUCUCUACCUCACCAGCAGGAAAGAUUUGUUUUUCCUCAAGUUAGAACACUCAUUCAGUGGACCAGCGCUCUGUUUUGUGAGGCCUCAAUGUUGCGUACAAGCAGCUGAACACUUCUUUUCACUGUUAGUGAUAUCUUAACUAUUACCAACAGUUUCUCUGAGAAAUUCUUUUAAUCAUUUUCAUCUUUGCGUGUACAUAAAGCCAAAAUGUUAUUUCACGCACAUACUGUACGUCUGUUUGGAUAGGACUUUCCAACAGAGGAAAGCUACAUUAUGAUUGCAGUGUUAUGUGAUGAGGCCUAUAAUGAGAAUUAUAUCCAAACAAAGGGAUAGCUAUUGUAAAGACGAUUGAAGACUCAUGUGAUUAUUAGUUCAUUAUUAGCCAAGAUUGCACACUGAAUGCAUCCAUCCUGAUUCAAGAAGAUGAGUCACAUACACAAAUCAGCAUCAGUAAAAAAAUUCAAACACUAAAAGACUGCAUUAAGGUACCAUGUGCCGUGACUCACAGUACUGUUCAAUAAUAUGUGACAGCCUUCUACUUUUAUAUACGUCUGAAUAUCUGCCAUUUAUACACAAUCAAAGACCAAUAAACAUGGUUUGUAUCCAGAUA